GCGUGUGCCGUCGCUGUCUAUAUGUGGGCGCGGCGGCGCCGAGGGUCGACCAGACGUGGAGCGGCAGUCCGUGGCGCCGGCGUCUCUGGCUGCAAGCAUGGCGGGGGCGGAGCCGACCCUGGUCGCUGGGGGCAACUACAUCAAAGAAGGCCUGGACUCGGCCAAGAGCACGUGCCUCAUUUUCUCCGCUGAAGAGGAAGUUGGAUCUCUGGCCAGGUCUUUGAAACUCUUCGAGAUGACCGGCGUGAACCUGCUCCACAUCGAGUCGCGGUCCUCGGUUCGCUUCCCGGGCCAGUACGAGUUCAUGGUGGAGUGCGCCCCUGGUGGCAACCUGGCUGCGGCCAUAGAGAAGCUGCAGAGCAUCACCUCCUACCUGCAGAUCAUCACCAGGAACCACAAAGACAACACAGGAACUGUUCCCUGGUUCCCACAGCGCAUGCGAGACUUGGACAAGUUCGCUAACCAGAUCCUGUCGUAUGGUUCUGAGCUGGAUGCUGACCACCCAGGAUUCACAGACCCUGUGUACCGAAAGCGCAGAAAGUAUUUCGCGGACAUAGCUUACAACUACAAACAUGGGGAGCCCCUGCCGCAUGUGGACUACACGGAGGAGGAGACUUACACUUGGAGCCAAGUCUUCAAUAAGUUGAAGACACUCUUCCCUUCGCACGCUUGUCGGGAGUUCAACCACGUCUUCCCACUCCUCGUCGAGAACUGCGGCUACAGAGAGGACAACAUCCCGCAGCUGCAAGACGUCUCCAACUUCCUGAGAGACUGCACGGGCUUCACGCUGCGGCCGGUGGCGGGGCUGCUGUCGUCCCGGGACUUCCUGGCGGGACUGGCGUUCCGCGUGUUCCACUCGACGCAGUACAUCCGCCACCCCAGCACGCCGUACUACACCCCGGAGCCCGACGUGUGCCACGAGCUGCUGGGCCAUGUGCCGCUCUUCGCCGACCCGGCGUUCGCGCGGUUCUCCCAGGAGAUCGGGCUGGCCUCUCUGGGCGCACCCGACGACUACAUCGAGAAGCUGGCAACGUGCUACUGGUUCACGGUGGAGUUCGGGCUGUGCAGACAGGAAGGACAGCUGAAGGCUUACGGCGCAGGGCUGCUGUCCUCUUUCGGCGAGCUGCAGUACUCUCUGAGCGACAAGCCCGAGCUCAGGCCCUUCGACCCCGCCAAGACGGCGCUGCAGAAGUACCCCAUAACCGAGUACCAGCCCGUCUACUACGUGGCCGAGAGCUUCGAGGAUGCCAAGGAGAAACUUGUGAAAUAUUCUCAAACAAUUCCGCGACAUUUUGGAGUGCGUUACAACCCAUAUACCGAGAGUAUAGAAAUUUUGAAUUCCAAACCUCAAAUACAAGGUCUCAUUGAUAACAUCCAACAAGAAAUUCAAAUACUGGUGACUGCUUUAAGGAAGUUGUAAAGUACAAUACCAGACCAUCAUAAAUUGAAGACUUUCUUGGAAAACAAAGCAUGUAAAAUCUAAAGUACAAUGCAUGCAGGCAUCUUUCUAAAACAGUGAACAUGAAGGUGAACAUAGAACGAUAGAAGAUGAACAAGAAAACAACAGCAGAUUAAAGCUGGACUCCCAAUCAUCCGUUUCAUCCGUCCGUCACCCGUCCGUCCGUCAAUCACGUGACCUGCAGCCAAUCAGAUGGCCCGAAAAAUUCCAUCCGUCCGUCCGUCAAAACCUUGCCAAGCUUUAGCUUUUGACGGACCAACGGAUGGUCCACCGCCUUGUUAAGUCGAUCGUCUUCAAUACGACUUUCCGAAAGCAGUGUUCGAUUGUUUUAAUUUGCAAUAUAUAGAAGGUUGUGUCGUAUUGACCGAUUAUUAUUGUCAUAAUAACGGUAAUGAUUGCUUAAGAGAAUUAGCUUUUCGGAAGAAAUGCUAUUAAAUUACGUCCGAGAAAGGGAGCAUUUGUAUAAUAUAUAUAGCAAAGACUAUCGGGAUAAGCAACUGAGGGAAAAAGCCUGGAUUGGAAUAGUUCUUUCAGUUUCCUUUGACGCAGUUAUAAAAGAAGCAUAAUUUUAUUUAUUGCUGGCAUGACUAAUGUUAUUUUUAAGACGGCACCCGUUUAAUCCACUUGUCAAAGCACGGUUCCCGCCUGUCAACUUAUUAUCACAUUCAUAAAAAACAAAAGUUAAUUAUCCCAAGUAAAUUAUUUACACCAAAAGUUUACCUACAAUUGAGAAAGUAUGUGGCGGAAAGUUGUAACACUGAUAUUUUAGAAUAGUGACGGACGAACGAAUGGCGGAUGGUUGAGAGUCGGUAAUAAUUGCCGAGAGAAAUAACGGACCGAAAUUGACGGACGGACGGGUGACGGACGGAUGAAACGGAUGAUUGGGAGUCCAGCUUAAUGUUGAAGGACACAAGUUAAGUCAGCAAAACAAACGAUACAAAUGUUGGUGGUAAUACUUUCAGACAGAAUUUCUGUGCCUAUUAAAAUACUUUUAAUUAAAAUUCAACUACAAUAUUAUUUAUCUUUUUAAAGUAAUAUGUCUGAAAAUAUGGUGUUGUAUGAGAGUGCGGUGUUUAUUCAUGAAAUCACGGAGUAAAUAAAUAAAGACUUGCUUUCAAAAACUUUAAUUAAAUUGAUACGAGCAUAGCCAUGAAUAUAAUCAUUGUGUUUGCAGAAAGUGAACCAGGUUUUAGAAUUAGUACUAAAGUGAAAAAUAAAUGGUAAAUCUGU